AUGAGUCCCAUCUGGCAGAGUCUGGUGACUACUAAGGCCGAGAAUGCGCCUUGGGCUGUGUGGUCUGGUGCAAAGAGCAGUGACGAUUCGCGCACCGGCCCGAAUGUGCCGGUGCACACAGGAAAUGGGCAAUUGAGACCCAAUCUGGAUAAAUUAGAGGAAGGAGUCGGAAACGGUGGAUAA